AUGGACCGAAGCCUGGAUGAGAUCCUCGAGGAGCGCCAGAACACCCGUGGCGGACGCCGUGGAGGACGUGGCCGUCCUGACCGCGAUGGUGGCCGUGGACCCCGACGAGACUACGAACGCGAACGCGACUUUCCCAGAGACGGCGUAAAAAAGGACGACAUCCAUCAACAUGCGUCGACAAACACCAACCACUUGGCUCGAUCCGCUGACCGUAAUCUGUAUCAGUCAUUCCCCAGAGAAGAUGCGAGAAACAUUGACCGCGACUGGGUCCACGAUAAGUUUGAAGACGAUGACUCCCGUCGCCCUACAAGAGGCUCGCGCAACGAUCGCUACGACAGAGAACCUGCAAGAGAUGCGUAUGUACCAUACUCUCCAGACCGCGCGAUUCCCAAAUCUAAUCAAAUCCACAGCUCCGGCUCUACCAGCAUCCGCGUGGAAAACAUCCACUACGAUAUCCAGGAACCAGACCUGAAAGAGCUAUUCGAGAGCAUCGGACCCGUCGAAUCUUUACGCCUACUCUACGACCGCCACGACCGCUCGCAAGGUGUUGCUUAUGUUGUCUACCCCAGCGCAAGUCUCGCCGACCGCGCCUUCCGUCAAUUCGAUGGCCAGAAUGCUAUGGGCCAACCCAUCUACUUGACCAUCCAACAACAAUCCGCCGCGCGCCCUGCCCGCAACCCCUUUGACAAUGUCGAAAAGCCUGCCCGCAGCUUGUUCGAUCGCAUCGACAACCGUCGCAGUGCUAGUCCCGACUCGCGCAACGUCGAUCGCUAUGUUCCCCCUGGCGGCAGAGACCGUCGCAGCUCGCGCAGUCCUCCUCGUCGUGGAGGCCGCGGCGCUCCUCGUGAGGCUGGACGUCGUCCUGGUGCUCGUCGCGAGAACACUGAUCGUCGCGAAAACGGUGGUCGCGAGCGUGGUGACAGACGUGGUCCUGGACCCAAGGAGAACGAUGGGAGACCCACAGUAAAGGGACGUCCCAAAAAGACUGCCGAAGAGCUCGAUGCUGAGAUGGACGAUUACUGGGGUGGAGGCUCAGCUGCCAACGAAGGCAGUGCUGUUGCAUCGGGUCAAAAUGAGCCUGGUCGCGAGCCCCAGGUUUCCACCAUUGCUGGAGGAGAGAACAACAACAUGGGCACAACAUCCACGGCCCCUGACGAUGACAUUGACCUCAUGGUCGAGUAAGAGGCCGUUCGAGGUCAUGACACAAAUGCCUCUCCCCUCGUUCAACUAGUCAUGUUUUAUGCAAAGAUGGCUCAAAAACAAAAAGAUUGGAAAAGGAUCUGGAGUACAGCUUGUAUAUUUAGGUUUCAUGUCAAUCACUUCGGAAUCGUACAACGAGACCCAGACACCAACAAAACGAAGGUUCAAUUGAUCCUUCUCUAGUUGAUUCUCUGCACUUCUUGUAUGCAAUCUAUACAAUUGCUCAUUUUUCCUGCGUGUCCUUGGAAUAAUACCUGCUUUUCUCCGUCUAGUGAUUGAUCGCC